UAUAGAAAACGACGAACCACCCGCAUGACCACCUCUCCUUAUCCUACUCCCCACACUCGUCCAUUCCUCACCACCAAACCCUAACUAACCAAACCCAUUGAGAUUUGAGAGGGGAAAAAAGUAGAUAUUCUAGAAGAGAGAGAGAGAGAGAGAGACUUCACCGGGUUACUUAAGCUGAAUAUUAUAUAUGCAAAGAAAAUUAAAGCGGUGUGUGCAUGUGUGUAUGCAAAGAAGAUAAAGAAUGUUCUGCUAACAAAUCUCAAUCUUUUGAGAAAGAUAUCAAUACCUAUAUAUUGUGGGUUGAAAUGAAUGAUCAUGCAAUUGCAGUUUCUACUCCCUUGUUAUUCAGUGCUGGGUAUAUAAAAUCCUCACCUCAAGAGAGUGCCAAGGAUGUACUGUCACAUGAUGAAGAUUAUCUGUGCAGCCAAAAUCAAGAGUGGCGGCCUACACUCUCACAGGUGGUGGAAGAGAUUAAACAGCUCUACAAAAUAGCCUUCCCUAUGAUCAUCACUGGCCUUCUCAUCUAUGGUAAAUCAGCAAUAUCAAUGGUGUUUAUGGGGAAAUUAGGGAAAGAGGCUUUAGCAGGAGGGUCUCUUUCAAUUGGAAUAGCCAACAUCACUGGCUACUCUGUCCUCUCUGGCCUGUCUAUGGGCAUGGAAGCUAUUUCAUCUCAAGCUUGUGGAGCCAAACAAUGGCCUUUAAUGGGCCAAACCCUUCAAAGAACAAUCACAAUUCUCAUCUUAUCCUGCAUUCCCAUUACUCUUUUGUGGUUAAACUUUGAACCCAUCCUUCUCUAUUGUGGACAAGAUUCAAUUGUCUCAUCUAUUGCAUCUACCUAUCUUGCAUUCUCUCUUCCAGAUCUACUUUUCCAAUCCUUCAUCAACCCUCUUAAGAUUUACCUAAGAACCCAAAACAUAACCCUCCCUCUCAUGUUAAGUGCCGCUUUUGCACUCUCCCUUCACGGCCCCAUCAACUACAUCCUUGUUGAUCAUCUCAGGCUGGGAAUUAAAGGCAUUGCCAUGGCAGCUGCAUUGACAAACUUCAAUCUUCUGGUUUUACUUCUUCUCUAUUUAUGCUUCUCAGGGACUUGUAGAAAAUCAUGGCAGGGAUGGUCUCUCCAAUGCUUCGACGAGUGGAAACCAAUUCUCGGUCUAGCUAUACCCAGUUGUAUCUCUGUGUGCCUAGAGUGGUGGUGGUAUGAGCUGAUGAUAGUUCUCUCGGGACUUUUAACAAACGCCUCGGAUGCGGUCGCUACAAUGGGAAUCUUAAUUCAAGCAACCUCGCUAGUCUACAUUUUCCCAUCUGCGCUCGGCCAAGCCGUAUCAACACGUGUAGGUAACGAGCUAGGAGCCAGACAGCCAAGCAAAGCCAAAACCUCAUACAUAGUUGCACUCUUAUGCGCCAUUUUCACGAGCUUCUUCGCCGUGUCGUUCAUUACAACGAUGAAAAAUACGUGGGGGCAGGUUUUUACCAACGACAAAUCGAUACUGUCUUUGACGGCGAUGGCUAUGCCGGUUGUGGGUCUGUGUGAGAUCGGGAACUGCCCGCAGACCACCGGUUGUGGAGCGUUGAGGGGUAGCGCUAGACCAAGUCUUGCUGCCAACAUAAACUUGGGUUCGUUUUAUGGUAUUGGAUUACCUCUUGCAAUCUUAAUGGGCUUUGGUAUGGAUAUGGGCCUAUUGGGCCUGUUCUUGGGCUUGCUUGCUGCACAGAUUGUUUGUGCCAUUGCAAUGGUGAUGGUUCUGUUCAGAACUGAUUGGAUAAAACAAGGAAACAGAGCUAGAGAGGUGACUGGUAUUGACACCAAGCAGUAAAGAUUGAAAGAGAGUAAAGCCCAUUACCAGGUAUAUAUGAAUAUGAUGGUUGGUUCUUGGUUUCAUUCCUUCCCCAUCUCCACUUCCUCAUGAGUUUAUUUGUUGAAUUUUUGUAAAAAGGCUCUCAUUUGGGCCAUGGGUUUUGCUUGAUUUGAAACCCAGAAUUUAAGCCCAUUAGUACAGUAAACAAACAAAGCUUCGACAAGCAGCUCGCAUUCGA